AACUGAUUUUUAAGGAUUUUUAUUGAGUGAUCUCAUAUAUUUUUUUUAUUUGAACCUAUACUUAAUCUCAGUUUCGUUCUACGUAAAUCACUUAUCAACUCUUGUUAGAAUGAAACAAAUACUGUGCGGAAAGUUUGGGACCAGCAUUCUAUUGAUAUCCAAAUCGUCCAGGUACCCACUGUCCAUAAUUAGCACACGGAAUUUGACAUAUGGAAAGUUCAAGUACUGCAAACCGCUUUUAGCAUCUCCUCAGACACGUAUCCUUGUAAACUCGCAGAGAAGACAGAUUAUGAUAGUUGCUAAAAUUUUAAGAGGAGCACUAAAAAUACGAUAUCUCUUGCUUGGUGGUGCAGUUGGGGGAAGUGUCACUUUACAAAAAAAAUAUGAUCAGUGGAAAGAUGGACUACCCGAUGUGUCUUGGAUAAACAAUCUUCUUCCAAAUGAUCAGCAGUGGAGAGAUCUCAGAGCCUCUUUGUUAGAUAUUAAAAACACCGUGUCUGAUAAAAUCGAAUUAGAUCCCCGAAUAAAGGAGAUUGGGGAAGCCAAAUACAAAGAAUACACGCUGUGGUUUAAUCAAAGAUUAGACGAUGCCAUUAAAGCUGCUCAGUCUAAUAAAAAUGAUGACUAUAAUAACAAUAAUACCGAUUCAUCUAAGCGUGAAAUUGAAGUGAUCACAGCCUUUGCAAACCAAGUUUAUUCAGAUGUGAAGGGUGAGAUAACGAAGAAUACAGUAGCGUUUGCCUUGCCUGCAGCUGAAAGCGAUGAAAGACGAAAAUCCCAAUCUUCGAAACAAAGAAUAGAUGAAAUGCAAGAUGACGUGAUGAAAAUUCAAUUGAAGUAUCAGCGAGAACUUGAAAGGCUCGAGCGUGAAAAUAAAGAGCUCCGAAAACAGAUGUUACUUCGUGGUAGUCUCAAACAAACAAAUCGAAAGAUAAAAAAAUCUCUCAUUGACAUGUACAGUGAUGUACUGGAUGAGCUAAACGAUUACGAUAGUGCAUACUCCACAGCUGAUCAUUUACCACGAGUCGUCGUAGUCGGCGAUCAAAGUUCCGGAAAAACUUCAGUUCUCGAAAUGAUUGCUCAAGCUCGUAUAUUCCCAAGAGGUGGAGGUGAAAUGAUGACAAGAGCUCCCGUAAAAGUUACUCUGAGCGAAGGUCCAUAUCAUAUCGCCCAAUUUAAGGAUAGCACAAGAGAAUUCGAUUUGACAAAAGAAUCUGAAUUGGCUGAACUUCGUCGGGAAGUUGAGUUGCGCAUGAAAAAUAGUGUUAAGGGCGGAAAAACUGUCAGUCAGGACGUUAUUGCCAUGACUGUAAAAGGACCCGGACUGCCUCGAAUGGUUUUGGUUGACUUACCUGGAAUUAUUAGCACAGUUACUACUGAAAUGGCAGAGGAUACUCGUGAUGCCAUACGUCAUAUGACUCAACAAUACAUGAGUAAUCCGAAUGCUAUUAUUCUCUGUAUCCAGGAUGGAUCUGUUGAUGCAGAAAGAAGUAAUGUCACAGAUUUGGUUGCACAAAUGGAUCCUGCUGGCAAACGAACUAUUUUUGUCCUCACAAAAGUAGAUAUAGCUGAAGAAAAUUUGACAAAUCCAGAACGUCUAAAAAAAAUUUUGUCUGGAAAAUUAUUCCCUAUGAAAGCCUUGGGGUACUUUGCCGUCGUUACUGGCCGAGGCAGGCAAGACGAUAGUAUUCAGACAAUAAAGGAUUACGAAGAGCGCUUUUUCAGGAAUUCUAAAUUAUUUAAGGAUGGUUUGGCAAUGUCCGGUCAAGUUACCACUAGAAAUUUAAGUUUAGCAGUUGCCGAGUGCUUCUGGAAAAUGGUGCGGGAAACUGUUGAACAGCAAGCUGAUGCUUUCAAAGCCACGAGAUUUAAUUUAGAAACGGAAUGGAAAAAUAAUUUUCCCAGAUUACGCGAAUUAGAUAGGGAUGAGCUUUUUGAAAAAGCUAGAGGUGAAAUUUUGGAUGAAAUCGUGAAUUUGUCCCAAGUUUCUCCAAGGCACUGGGAAGAAGUGUUAAUGAACCGCUUGUGGGAUAAAGUUAGUAUGCACGUUUUUGAAAACAUAUACUUGCCUGCAGCCCAAUCUGGAAAUCCAGGUACUUUUAACACGACCGUUGAUAUAAAAUUGAGGCAGUGGGCGGAACAGCAAUUGCCUUUAAAAAGUGUUGAAACAGGAUGGGAGUGUUUGCAAAAAGAAUUUCAGAAUUUCAUGGUACAGGCUAGAUUGAGUGCUGAUCAUGAUGAUAUUUUUGAUAACUUGAAGAAUGCAGUUGUGCAAGAAGCUAUAGCCAGGCAUACUUGGGAAGAUAAGGCAUCGGAAAUGUUGCGAGUCAUUCAGUUAAAUACUUUGGAAGAUAGAAGUGUUAGCGACAAGAGGGAUUGGGACCAGGCAGUCCGUUUUAUCGAAACCUCCGUUAAAGAAAAACUUCAGAGCACCGAGCAAAUUUUACGUGGUAUGCUGGGACCCAGUCGAAAGGAGCGGUGGUUGUAUUGGCAAUAUCAAACGGAGGAUCAGCAGAAGCGAAAUAGUGUAAAAAGUGAACUAGAUAAAAUUUUGUACGCCGAUAAGAAUCAUGCACCAACGUUAACGCAAGACGAACUGAUAACGGUCAAAAAGAAUUUACAGCGCAGUGGGCUGGACGUCGAUAAUGAGUUUAUUCGGGAAACAUGGCACCCGGUGUAUAGGCGAUUUUUCUUACAGCAAAGCUUAUCUCGAGCGUACGAUUGCAGAAAAGGUUUUUAUCUCUAUCACACGGGACAUGAUUCAGAGAUGGAAUGUAGUGACGUUGUAUUAUUUUGGCGUAUUCAGCAAAUGUUGAAAGUAACCGCAAAUGCACUUAGACAACAGAUCAUGAACAGAGAAGCACGCCGACUUGAUAAAGAAAUCAAAGAGGUCCUUGAAGAUUAUAGUCAAGAUAGUGAAAUCAAACAAAAGCUACUCACGGGCAGGAGAGUCACUCUUGCCGAGGAAUUAAAACGCGUUAGGCAAAUUCAAGAAAAACUCGAAGAAUUCAUCCAAGCAUUGAAUAAAGAAAAGUGAACGCCCCCAUAAACUUAUGCUAGUGCUUCAACUUCUAUUGAUAACUCUCUGAGUUGUAAAUGAAAAGUGGAUAUCGAUUAAGCGAAUAAAGUAAGUUACCAUCGUUUUCAGAGCUGUGAGAAUUGACACUUGUCGAUCAAGCGAAAUUUUACGUAGUUUGUUAUCAAACAAAUGGUAACGAGUCACAAAAACACAUUGUUAGUCAUAUACAAAGAAGAGAAAUGCGUUUUUGCAUUCGGUAAUGGAGUCGGAUGUACGAGUAAUGAAAUAUGACAAAGUUUUAGUGUAAAUUGUAUUAGAAUUAAAUUAGGAAUGGCGUAUAUCUAAAAUAAUUAAUUUUUGUUAUAACUUAGUUAUUGAAAAGCAAAAUUCUUUUUUUCAACUUUAAAAAGUAAUUGUGUCGAAAGGUUCGCAUAUUUAUUAUGAUGAAUUUUGUGCACUUUAUACUUCCGAAAUUUUUCAAUA